CGCUGGUUUUGAAUGCAUCUGCUCAUGCUGGUUCUGCGAUACUGUCACCCUUCGUGUACUGUGUAGUCAGCAGCAACCUCAUGGUGUUGUGGAAAUUUGUGUGUGACAUUCUCCAGACUGUAGAACUGAAGCGAUGGACCAGGAGCCAAGUAAGUGGAUAAAAAAAGAGGAAACUGAUGAAUUACAAACUGAGAUACACUUCAUGGCCCAAGUUUACCCAUGCAGCAUGAAUGUAAAAGAAGAGUUGGAGAAGGGUGUGAAUAAAGAGUGGCAGAUUGAAGGAUUUGUUCAGAAGUACAAGAGAAUGAAAGACAGGGCAGCUCUUUUGAAAGGCAGUUUACAUAAGAGCUGCCCGUCUGGUGGAAGUGGAUAGUCAGCGCAUGUCUCCAUCUGCUGUAGUGGGCGUAUGUUGUUCUGUGCAGCCACAAGUGGAAAGUGUCAUGAGAAAUGUUCAUGGAGAAGACAUAAGACUUGCAUUAAAAACGUAAAAAUGUAUCUUUGAUAUCUUCUCCAGUUGUUCUUGUUCUUCUUGUUGUUGAUCUUGCUAUGGAACAAGUACUUGAGGUGGAGGCAAAUAUUUAAAUUGAGGUCUGCAAGACUGGAUGAUGUAAUAUGACCAAGUUGUAUUCUUAACAGAUGAGAGAAUGCAUGUUUUAAGUGGAAAGAGGCGUUUGAGGUGCUAGAUCAGAAUUGACCUCUCUUUCAGUGUAUUUCUUAAAUUGUCGAAGUAGGGGUCCCCAUCAAGGCACAAAGAAGAAGAGAAGCUGGAAGUGAAUAGCAGGACCAGUGUGGAUCCUGUAAUAAAUAAUAUAGGUGACUGUAUAUUCAGAGAAGUUUUGUUGUGUGGGCAUAUAUGGAAUUCAAGGAGUAAAGAAAGUACUACAGCCUUUGUGUGUGAACCUCCCUGUGUGUGAACAUGAUACUCACACAUCCAGUCUGAGGACAAACUAAGACCCAAACCAAGUUGCAUAUGUUGACAAUAUAGGCCAGGAGAAAGGAAAUAUGGUAGUAGGAGAGUGGAAAAUCGAAAAAGAACAUCAAUUUAAGAAAGAUUUUCCUUUUAUAUUCAAGGAGAAGUACAGUUGCCAAGGGCAACUGACAUCAACAGUGGAGCAUCUAGCUGUAGACACGUAGUAUAAACAGAUAAGAAGAAUUGGUAAAGAAAUAGGGGAUAAUAAAUUGCCAAGAAUUUGGGAAGUAAAAGAACGGUGCUAAUAAAGGUUAAACAGAAGACCACAGUUGAUCAUAGUAACAAAAGUCCAUCGCUAAGGAUUGUAAAUGUGUGACAAAAGAAAAAGGUCUACAAUCCUUAUACAGUUGGUGUUACGAUAAGGAAGAUGUUGUGGUGAGUUCCAAGAAGAAGAAUGGUGACAGAAUGGCAGUCUACAAACAUUGUGUGCGCCUCUCGACUCAGCAUGCACACUACGGCAUCACACAGUUUUUGGUUGCCAGCCACGCUACAACAGCAGCCUGUGACAGUUGCUUGAUGUGAUAUGUCUGUAGCACACCAGCACACAACUCAUCACCAGCACACAGUUCUUAUCUUAGGGUGGGCUGUGGUUAAUAUAUUUUAAGGUAAAUUUGUUUGUUUUGGUGAAUAGAGUAAAGAAAUUAAUUGUUGAUGUUUGCUACACAUUAAAUGAAGUGACUUUGUGCAGGGAGUACUAUAAUGGAAAAGUGAUAUUAAAUUUGGUAAAUAGAAAUGAUACCUUCUGGAAAUUGUGGCACUGCAACUUCAUUCAAUGCAACACAUCAAGGUAGUUGUUGACAUCAUAGUCUGCUCCACAUAGAAAAAUUGGCCUAAAACUUACGCAUCAGGUCACACCGUGUGUUGACCUUGUGUUCAGCAUAGGCACAAGGAUUUUCUGAAGCCCAUAUUCUGAUGAACAGUGAUGAAUAUGACAGACAUGAAAUGAAAUGUGCCUCAUUGCUGUACACAAUCUCCUUCAUAAAUUGUUCAUCAUAAAUGAUCUCAUCAAGCAUUCUGUAAUUAACUUCAAUCGUUUGGACCUAUCAAUCAGUUUGAUACUGUGCAACAACCACAAUUUGUAACCCUAAAAAUAUGAUCCUUUUUUUUUCAGACCUUAUGAACUGAUCUUUUUUUUUUUAGGUCUAAUUAUCAAUGCUAGACACACCAGAUUUUUUGGUUCUCAUUAGUUAGCUAACUUGUACAGCUUCUACGGACUCGGGGCAUAGUGAAUGCCUACCAGAACAUGGUUCAUCAACAAACUGACAGUCUCUUUUAACUGGGUAUCCCACCAAUUAAUAGUUUUUUAUAAGUGGUGGCUCUUUUUUGUACAAGUUAUGGUAUCCCGGCUGAGACACAAAGUUGAAAUAUGCUCACUAUUUUUUAUUUACUUAAAUUUGCCACAUUUCGUGACAGUACCUUUUCCGUUAGUCAUUUGCAAGGCAAUAUUAGUCUUGGUUUCCGUUGUCUAAUGAAGUAUGAUUCCACUAUGCAUCUUUGUCGGUUGCAGAAAUGACCUGGUUCAAUGUGUUUGCCAGAUUUUUGGUGUUUCAAAUACCAUUUCUUCAAAUGUAGUUUCUUCUUAUAGUUUAUAUAAAAAAAAGUAACAUAAUUCAAAAUUAUUUAUGACGGCGACCUGCACACUCUUCUUCCGUCAACACACACCAAGAGUUAACUGCCGACAGUAUAGUCAAAGACGACUCCAAGGUCAAAAAUAUUUUACACAACACACAAGCUUUCACUUGUAAUCAGUCUCUUUGCUAUUCUUCGAUACAUUUACUAAUAGUAAACAAUAUGCUUUCACUCUCAAAAAUAUAAGUAAAUUAACAUAUAAUAAGACAAAUUAUAAUAAAAAAAUUCUGACAAAAAUAUAAGAAAACAUUUACAAUUUGGUAUCGACAAAUACGGUAAAAAAAUAACAUCUCCCAGACCCAUUACAACUGCUCCCUAGGGCUUUUGUUGUUAUGGACAUAUACAACAAAAUCCCGACCACACUAAGUAAUGGAUCUGUAUUACACAAUUAGUACAUUAAUGAUGCAGUCUGAUAACCUCUUCCAAAUUUGGACUCUUUGAAUCUGUGGACUUGUUACUGGCUGUUGUUGCAAUGAUACUUCCCCAUCAAUCUCAUACACAAAAAAAUUCAAGUAAAGAAAUUA